CUUUUUAAAUCAUUAAAUCGAGGAGGAUAAAUGCGGAGAGAAGGCGUACUUCUCCGCUGAAAGGAGGAAGGGAUCGUUUUCGAAGUUCUCGAAGCUUCGCCAUUCCAAUCAAGCACAAGACGGGAAGCGAUCCAGGAUAAUAUUCUUUGAGAAUGUAAGGCUUAGCUUCAAGCUUUCUGUUGGGUAUAUUCAAGACCAUCUUUGUUGGAAUUUCACUUCAAACUUGCUUAGCUUCAAGUUCCAUUGGGAAUCUAUCUGCAAGAUCUGUUUCUUUUGAAUGUCACAACAAGCUUCUGCACCUUUCAGUUUAAAUAGGGCCGGACUUUGACCAUACUCUGGUUAUGUUUGUGAAGUUAGAAACUUGAAUAAAGCAUGAGUUCUUCGGGUCAAAGCUUGUCAGAUAAUAGUGAAACUGAUGAGCAGCAGGUGCAGGCACAAUCUGAAAACCAACAUCAGCCUUAUGCUACUGCAUGCUUCCAAUCUGGUGCGGCAACACCCUUGAUUGGAUACAUGAUGCCCAGUGGCCAACUUGAAGCAGGGCAAACUAUGUCUCCAGUAGCUUACCCGUAUGUGGAUCCCUUCUAUGGGGGAAUAUUUGCAGCCUAUGCUGGACAGCAAGUGAUCCAACCACAACUGAUUGGGGUGCAUCAUCCUGGUGUGCCUUUGCAAACUGAUGCUGUUGAAGAACCUGUUUAUGUCAAUGCAAAGCAAUAUCAUGGUAUCUUAAGGCGUCGGCAUUCUCGAGCAAAAGCAGAAUCAGAAAAUAAAUUAGCUAAAAUUCGUAAGCCUUACCUUCAUGAAUCACGCCACUUGCAUGCUUUAAGAAGAACAAGAGGAUGUGGAGGUAGAUUCCUGAAUUCCAAGUCUGAAGCAAACCAUCAGAGCGAGUCAGAGGGGAAUCAACCAAAGGAACUUGCUUCAGAUAACAAUCCCCAACAAGAUGCUCCUCCAGCUUCUGACCAUUUUGAUCACAUACAAGACCUUGCUAAAGCUGCAGAGUCUGAAAAAUAGAUAUCUGAAAAUCCACAAAAGACGUCGUAAAAUUCUUGCCUUGAGAGAUCUGAUGAGCAUUCCAAAGAACAAUGUUCUGGUCCAGACAGUGAUUGCAAGAUCAAACUACAAUCUCUUAAUCUUUAACAAUUGUCACCGUGUCUCUGGGAGAUUUCUCUUGGUGUUAGGAAUCUCAGUAGGAUCUUGUAAAGGCGGUACUUUAUCAGUUGUUACUGUAACUUUUUGUCGAGAUGUGUUUCAUUAAGGAGUAUCAGACAGUAAUUUAUGGAUUUUAACAAUUUGUCUCUGAAAUUAACAGUUACCUUCUUGUCCAAAUCUUUGAAGUUCUGAAC